AUGAGGAAGCCUCUCUCCAGCCGCCUUGAGCGAGGCGCAAACUCACACAGUAUCGGCAUCACACCAACCGCCCCUCAGCGCGAGUCCCUGCUUGAUGUGAAAGGCGCCCUUCUGAUCCCCGAGAUUCGAAUGAGCAUAUACGGAAAGAUGGUAGAAAUCGAGUCUACAACCCGCGGCUUCCAACAGGAUCACCAUGGCCGUUUCUUAUGCCCUGUCGACGUGACAGGACUGCCACCCUACCUUACGCACCCAAUCACCCAGUUCGUGCGUGCGCAGUUCAACUUGGACCCAGCCCAGGUACCCCGUCUCCGCGCCCAGGUCAACAUCUUCCACACAGACUCCUUCCCUCAAGGAGUCAGUCUCCCCCGACACAGAAUGACCCAGAUUGCCCAUGAGCCCCUGAAACUCUCAAGCAUCAAGUUUGAGGUCACCGUCAACGAGUUAAGCUGGCUUCAAAUAACUGAGAAACCCAGUGCCCUCUGGGACGCAUCUGAACCUCUCAUGCCACCACCCGCAUUAGAUAACGGUAUUGAAGCACUGGAGAUUGAGGCCCCGUCCUCCUGUAGCCCUGAUGGCAAGUAUGACCUGGGAAGGCUCAGCCUCAAAAGCCCUCUUGAUAACGUAGUACCUGUUUUUGAGGGCAACUUCGACAUGUCUAAGGAGUAG